ACCUACGACCACCUACGACCACCCAAAUUCUAUUAUACAAUGGCGUUUCCUGGAAGGCCGACCAUGCCGGGCAUGGAUCCCACGGCAGGCAUGUCGGAGCAGGAAGCGAUGAUGGUGAAAUAUAUGCAAGCAAGCAUGGAGAGCUGCGCAGGCAAGACGGUCAUGGCCGGCGUGAUGGGUGGUGGUCUGGGAGCCAUGUUUGGUCUGUUUAUGAGUUCGAUGCGUUACGAUACCCCAAUGUCGCAACCACUCCCCGUACAAACUCCUGCCACGGCCUCGACAGCAGCAGCAGCGCAAACUGCGAAGACUGCCGCGACAAGUGCCACUACUCCCGCUGGUACAAGCACAGUAUCCACCGUAGCCUCGACCGUAAAGGCACCUACUUCAGCCGCCCUAUCCUCGUCCGCAUCCACAACCGCAGCCGCCACUGCACCUCUUCCCCCGACACUCUCUCCCACAGCCUCUGUUCCCCUCACAGAUCUUCCAUUACGACAACAGCUCAAAGUCGGUCUCCGUGAUAUGUACCAAUCAUCCAAGUCAUCCGGAAAGAACUUUGCUAAGGUGGGCGCCAUCUUCAGCGGAACCGAGUGUGCGAUCGAGGGUCUACGCGCUAAGAAUGACAUCUGGAAUGGUGUUGCGGGAGGUUGUAUAACGGGCGGUGUGUUGGCUAGAGGUGCGGGUCCUCAGGCUGCGGCUGUUGGAUGUGCAGGCUUUGCGGCGUUCUCGGCCGCCAUUGAAGUGUACAUGAGAAUGCCCGAAGACGAGCGGAGUCGACCAAUCGCGUAA